AUGCAUGUGUCGACCAGCCCCUCUCUGGAGUUGGGGUUCGAUCAAGAUUCGGGGGAGCAAAAGUUCACCUGCUCUGAAUGUGUCGGCUUUGCUGGGUGGGAAACCCGAGGGUUGCAACGCUUCGUGGUAAGAUUCAACAGUGAAAAUACCAGACAAUGGCCUCACCAUGAUGUGAGAUCUGAUGGGCUUCCGGGUCCAGUCUCCAGAAUUUGGAUGACAAUUAAGGCACGCCCUGGCCAUCAAGGUGCGGCCGGCAUUAAAUACAACGUUCAUAGCGGGGCAAGAAGGACCCAGCAGCGCGGCUUGGCAUCGGACGACGGAAGGCCGAGAUUGGGCCCUUUUCUCCCAACAGACCUUCGACAGAUCUUCCUCAGGUGUUCCACUGCAGCUACCCGGAAUUUAGAGCUGGCCCAUCGAGCCGCUCGUGCAGACCAGGAGUACGCCUUUCCGAUUACCGUAUCUGUACUGGAGGUACCACUCCAUUCUGACGAGCUCUCCCGCGCCGUCGACACACCGCCCAACUGGGGACUCCCCACGCCCACGGAGCCACUGGGCGCUGGCGGUCUGGCAGAGAUGAUGGAGGGUGUUACGGGCGUUAACCAGAGCUCGAGGAAGAUGAAUCCCGAUAUGCCGUGCUCUAUCCGCUACCUAGCUGCGUUUAUGGCCCGCCCGGGUGUAGCUGUAAUCGCGAACAGGCGCAAACAACUGCACUGUGUGACAGGUCAUGGGUGCUUUGCCUGGCCUUGA